UUAUUUUCAUGUAACCGGAACACAUGACUAUCUAAGCAAAUGUUCAAGUCAUUUAGUUACUAGUUUUUAAAACAAAAUUUAUUGUAUCAAGAAUAUUUAUUGUUUUCUUUUUCAUUAAGAGUGAAAAUAACUACCUUCAAAAUGAGGCCGAUCAAAUCACCAAAACCAUCAAAGUCAUUUUCACCAACACAUUUUGAAUCAAUCGCUCCAACUUUAGGCGGCUCAAUUCCAGGGACUUCUUUAUUGCCAAAUGCUUCAAUUAGUGGGAUGCAGCCACGAAAUGAUUUGUUUCAGAAGUCAUAUUCCCAUUUCAGUUCAAGAACUACUCCUUCUACAGUUCUGUUUUUGAGCAAGCCUUCACCGCUCGAGCCUGAGACAACAAAAACAGUAAAAAAAAAAUUCCUUGACAAGACUGGUCUGUGUCCUGCGGGAAAAUAUAAUCGUGAUGUACCUUCUGAGUCGAAUCUCAUUGUUUUAUCUUUGGGUUUGGAAAUUGGGCAUAAUGGGCAGGAACAUAAUACAAGUGUAUACCAUGAUAUGAUAAAAUCAGAACCAGAAUUGAUUGUGAGACGUGGACAUCCUUUUAGGAUUCUUUUAAACUUUUCAAGGAAAUACAGCAAGAAAAUGGAUGAAAUCAUAAUUCAUUUUAAAAAUCUUCACAAUAAAACUCACUCUCACGUUCUUGUUUCUAAAAGAAAAUUGUCAUUAGAAAUUGGCCCGGGAAUAUGGGAGGCAGCCUUUGAGUAUUUUUCUCUAACCAAGCCAAUAGCUUAUGUCAAAAUUAUUGCACCGCCAGACUGUCCCAUUGGAUUUUGGAGCUUAGAAAUCGAAACAGCAGGGUGUGAAAGAAGAUUUGUCCAAAAUGGCCGAAUAGCCAUACUAUUCAACCCAUGGAGCCCACUGGAUGUCACUUAUAUGAAAGAAGAAAAAGCAAGAGAACAAUUGGUUAUGAAAAAUGUGGGGAAAAUAUUUCAGGGUUGUUCCAAUUCGAUGAAUCAAAGAAGUUGGAAAUUCAACCAGUUUGAAGAAGGAAUAUUGGAUAAUAUAAUAACAAUUUUGGGAAAGUACAGCCAAGUAGAUUCUCUCAAUUGGGGAAGUCCAGUGGAUGUUGCAAGGGGAAUUGCAAAUAUGGUCCGUGGGCCUGAUGGAAUUAUUGAAACAAACUUUUCAAAUAAUUAUGAAGGAGGAAAGCCACCGAAUGAAUGGGAAGGAAGUGCUGAAAUUAUUAAAAAGUUCAUUGCAACCAAUCAACCAGUCAAAUAUGGUCAUUGUUAUACAUUGACUGCAGUAAUGAUAACAGCCUUUCGAGCUUUAGGAAUACCAGCUCGUCCGGUUACUGGUUUUGAACUCCCGGUUACACCAGAUGAUAAACUUUUUGCGGAUUUAUUUAUCACUGAAGAUGGCUUAUUGGCUCAAGAUGUAUCCCAUCAGCGUUUGUGGCAUUACACUUCUUGGGCCGAAGCCUGGAUGGCUAGGAGCGAUCUUGGAAGUGCUUACGGCGGUUGGCAAGCUACAUAUUCAACAAUUGGCCCAGCGCCUGUAGAAGCGAUUAAAUCAGGGGAACUACAGAUUCCUUAUGACACAAAAGUGUUUUAUUGUGCCAUAAAUUCAUUUUACUGUAUUUGGAAAUUCUUCAGCCAGUAUGAAAGACUAAAACUUAUAAGUAAGGAGAGAAACAAUGUGGGAGCAUAUAUUAUGACACCAGAUGUUUUACCAGGAGAGACAGAAAAUAUAGUGAGUUCAUAUAAAAGCCUUGAUAGUGCAAUAGAAGAACCACCAAGGUUGAAUAAACGAUUUAAUAACUAUAUUGAAAAUGAGGCAUUCUCAGAUGUUAAAUUUAAAUGCAAAGCGCCAAACGCAAUAUAUUUUGGACAACACUUUAUGAUAUCUCUUUCUUUGGUUAACUUUAAUCAGGAAAUUAGCUUCUUCAUCAACGUCUCUAUGGCAGUUUAUUAUGAACAUUACAAUGGAAAAAAGAGAGGGUUCAUUAAAAAAGAAAAGUGGGCCAACGUUUUGCGAAGGCAUUGUGACCACACUAUAAAUAUGCCAGUCACAUAUGAAGACUAUGGAGACAAAACAGGCCCUGAUGAAUUUCUUUAUUGCAUGUUUCAUGCAUAUAUUGGUGACAUUGACUAUGAUUACUUUUCGGAAUUUUCAUUACGUAUUAAACAGCCUGAACUGUCUUUUCGUGUGGUUAAAAAUGUAGUGGAAAACCAAAAUUCGCUUACAGAUAUUACUUUAUACAAUCCAGUUAAUUACAUGUUACAAAAAUGCAAAUUUAUUCUGGGAGAAGCAGACAGUUCAAACACCAUCCAAAUAGAACGCGACGUGAUACUCCCAAAGGAAAAAGUCAAAGUCAAGUUCUUUAUUAAUCCGUUGAAGCGAGGUAACUAUGAUCUCGUUGCUAGAUUUGUAUCGAGCGCAUUCAGCACUUGGGCUAUGGCCAGGCUUACUGUUGGAGAAAUAGUUUCUACUCCUGAUCCGACUGGCCUUCUUGACACAAAGCUCAGUCAGUCUAGGAUGACCAUAUCAAAAACAGCGUAUUCAGAAGAAGAGUUAAGAAGUGAAACUUGAGCCUUUUGUGUUGUAAUUAUGUCAAUUAGCUGAUUUCAAUAAAUGGGUCUUUAUAAUU